AAACUCAACCCAUUUUUCUCAACAUUCUUCCACAUCACACUCUCAAAUUUGACCAUUUCCCCUAAAACCUUAGCUAACUUUCUAUUCUCUUCUUUCUCUUCUCUCACUCUUUUCUGAGCUAAAGAUAUCUUCACAAAAAUAAAAAGCUCACACAAAAAACAAUGGCUCACUCAUAUGUAGCGUUACAAUCAUCUUCAACAACUCCAAGACUCAACACUUCUAUCUUCGACCACAACCACUUCGUUUCUCGCUCCUCUGACUCUCACUUUCUCUCUCUUCCAUUCAAGCCUCUUUCUACCAGGGGUUUAAAAACUAGUGAUUCUUGCGAGAAAAUUCGUCGAACUUCGACUGUUAAGGCGGUGUAUUCUGAUGGAUUUGGUACUCCUCGAAGAAAUGAGCGCUCUGGUCUUUGGUCCGUAAGAGAUGAUCUGUUGGUUCCAUCAUCACCGUAUCUUCCGGCGUAUGCGCAAGGACAAGGACCGCCUCCGAUGGUACAAGAGAGGUUCCAAAGUGUGGUUACUCAGUUAUUUCAAUAUAGAAUUAUCCGAUGUGGUGGAGCAGUCGAUGAUGAUAUGGCUAAUAUAAUUGUUGCUCAACUUUUAUACCUCGAUGCCGUUGAUCCUACCAAGGAUAUUGUCAUGUAUGUGAAUUCUCCGGGAGGAUCAGUUACAGCUGGUAUGGCAAUAUUUGACACAAUGAGGCACAUCCGACCUGAUGUCUCCACUGUAUGUGUUGGACUCGCAGCAAGUAUGGGAGCGUUCCUUCUAAGUGCUGGCACCAAAGGAAAAAGGUACAGCUUGCCUAAUUCAAGGAUUAUGAUCCAUCAGCCUCUUGGUGGUGCACAGGGUGGUCAAACUGAUAUAGACAUCCAGGCAAAUGAAAUGCUGCACCACAAGGCAAAUCUCAACGGGUAUCUUGCUUACCACACUGGUCAAAGCUUGGAAAAGAUCAACCAGGACACUGACCGUGACUUCUUCAUGAGUGCUAAAGAAGCCAAAGAAUAUGGACUUAUUGACGGUGUCAUCAUGAACCCUUUGAAAGCACUACAGCCGUUAGCUGCUGCCACUGCUGACCAGGUGUCUUGAUAAUAGCAAAGACCGUCAAUUCUUAUUGUGUUAGUCUUAGAAACAUACUGCACCGGAGUCAACUGUGAAUGGAAGCACACUUUCUCUGGUAUUAUGAAUUUGGAAGAUGUGUGGCGAGGAAUUGAGUGGCUCCUGUAAGAACUGUUUUGGUUGAUGGGAGAGGGUUGUGUUCCGGAGACAUUGAAAGAUUCAUCUAUUGUGCACCUAUAUGAUGAUAUAUGAAUUGAAUAGGUCAUUCUUGUAAUUCUUGUCUAAACAGUUUGUAACUGUAAAACAGGCUUUCCCUGUUGCAACCAGAAAAUGGAAGUUUAUUACGGGCUCUUUUGCGUAA